AUGAGGACCUUGACAGCGGUUGCGAUUGAGGGCAUGACGUGCGGUGCCUGUACUUCUGCCGCCGAGGGCGGCUUCAAGGACACUCCAGGCGUCAAAACCUUUAGCAUCUCGCUUCUUUCUGAGCGAGCCGUCAUCGAACACGACCCAGAGCUUUUGCCAGCUGAGAAAAUCGCCGAAAUCAUAAAAGACCACGGCUUUGCACUGGCUGCUGGUGUAGGGCUCCAAAAGUGA